UCACCUUGGUCGUCUUGUACACAAAAUGGCGCUGGCUUCAAAGGUCACUUCCAUAUUCCGUAGCAACCUAUUUGAAGGUAAGGUUGCUGUCGUAACUGGCGGUGCUACGGGAAUUGGAAGAGCUAUAACAGAAGAACUAGUACACCUGGGCUGUAAAGUAGUAAUCGCUUCAAGAAAAGAAGACCGUCUAAAUAAAGCUGCAGAUGAAAUAAACUCCUUGGUUGCAAAAAGAAAAGAUGAGGACAGUACCCCUCUUGUCUUGCCAAUAAAGUGCAAUACUCGACUGGAAAAUGAGGUCAAAUAUCUCAUGACACAGACCGUGAAGCACUAUGGAAGGCUUGAUUAUUUGGUUAAUAAUGGUGGAGGGCAGUUUAUAAGUCCUGCAGCCAAUAUAUCAUUAAAAGGCUGGAAUGCUGUAAUCGAAACAAACCUUACAGGAACUUUCCUUUGUUGUAAAGAAGCUUACCAUUCUUGGAUGGCUGAAAAUGGAGGUGCGAUUGUGAACAUUACCAUGGAUUUCUGGAAUGGGUUUCCAGGAAUGGCGCAUUCAGGAGCAUCAAGAGCUGGAAUAGAUAACCUUACUAAAAGUUUGGCUCUUGAAUGGGCAGCUAAUGGCAUUCGAAUAAACAGUGUUGCCCCUGGAACAAUUUACUCGGACAGUGCAGCAGCAAAUUAUCCGGAUCCAGAGUUAUUUAAUAAAGCUCUGAGUGCUCUACCCCUUAAAAGACUUGGAACUACAGAAGAGGUAUCAGCCCUAGUUUGUUUUCUUUUAUCUCCUGCUGCUGCUCAUAUUACUGGCGACUCAAUCAAAGUGGAUGGUGCGCAAAGCCUCUAUGCCCAGACCUUGUUUCAGAUUCAAGAACAUAACAAGUCAGAAGCAUUCCGGUGGAAGCCCGAAGAUAAAGAAGGGACAAAAUCAAAACUGUAGUCGAAUCUGUAUGUAUAAAAAUCGAUUGAUUCACAUAUUCGAUGUUUUUCUAAUGGUAAAAAGUGUAAUCCAAAUAAUAUUUUUAGAUGCAUCAAAUUACAAAAAUGUAGAUGGAGUUUUUCUGUUAAAAAAAACAACAGUUACCUUUGAAUUUCUCUCGUUGUUAAAUCAGUGUUGGUAUUUUCUACUGAUAGUUCGGAAAAACUGAAUAUGCAUGCAAAACUAGAAAUGCGCAACAAUAUUGAUUUACGCUUUUAUCUAUUUCAAUAAUACCAGGGGCUAACAAUUAGGAAAUCAGCUGGGGGAAGGGGCAAGCCUUUGUUUCUAUAAAGAUGAGGACAAUAGCGUAUCCAUCGAAACAAUGAAAGUUCACUGGGGUUGGAAGGGGUGUUGCCCCUAGUUUAGUAUGACAUAAAAGGCCCUUAUCCAUACCUGUUUUUUGCUGUAUUUUUUUCACAUUUUGCAUACAUUUUUUUGCUUGAAAUAUUUUGCUUCUAAAUAUUGUGCUUCUAAAUAUUGUUGUGUAUUCUGAAUUAAAUUUUAUUUAACACUGAUGAUGAGAACAAUCUUUAACUUUAACCGACAUAUGUCAAGCAUAUUGAUAUAGGACUGCCCUUAAUUCUUUUCAAAUAAAUUCAUUUGCAUACGGUUUCAAACAAGAAACUGAAGAUGGUGAUCAUAAAUAUAAUGUUAUAGCCAAAAGAAACUGGUUUGAGAGAAAAGAUGAAUUCUUUGCUCCCCUUCUUAGCAUAAACUGGUCCCAAAAGGUCCCUUGUUCUGUUAUCGUCCUCCCUGUGGACUUGCCAAUAUGAAGACGAAGCGACCAAAAGCGUGCGUAGUGACAUUUUCUGUAAGCGCGUUUCGUAGCAACUCAAUCCACUGGGACCGUCAUGGACUUGCCAAUUUGAAGACGAAGCGACCAAAAGCGUGCGUAGUGACAUUUUCUGUAAGCGCGUUUCGUAGCAACUCAAUCCACUGGGACCGUCAUGGACUUGCCAAUUUGAAGACGAAGCGACCAAAAGCGUGCGUAGUGACAUUUUCUGUAAGCGCGUUUCGUAGCAACUCAAUCCACUGGAACCGUCAUGGACUUGCCAAUAUAAAGACGGAGCGACCAAAUGCGUGCGCCGUGACAUUUUCUGUAAGCGCGUUUCGUAGCAACUCAAUCCACUGGGACCGUCAUGGACUUGCCAAUAUGAAGACGAAGCGACCAAAAGCGUGCGCCGUGACAUUUUCUGUCAGCGCGUUUUCGUAGCAACUCAGUCAACUGGGACCGUCAUCGCCUUCUAAGCUGUCGCUUUGCAAUUCUAAACGCAUACCGUUUCGCCAAGGUUUAUUUGGAGCUCUGCACACGUUUGAUUUUACAAAUGUUUAUUUGAGACCUGACUGACAGUCCACUAGCUGUUUCUACAAGUUAAGCAAGAACGCGAAACUCUCCCACCCAUGCAUCUCAAUGUUUGUAAGUAGAAUUCGCUCUUUUGGUAUUAGUUUGUUCAGAAUGAUGCAAGUAUCUCAUUUGAAUACAGGGCUGUAUUAAAGUUGAUUUUCGUAGGUGUAAUUUCAGUUUCAUUAUGAUAAUUAGUAUUAGAAUGACAUAAACAAGUAAUGCUGGGUUUGGGGCCACUAAAAAGUUGUGUUUGUCAAAUUGUUUAAAUUCGUGUGCACAGCCAGAAACGCGUCCCGCAUAGUUUGACAAUAGCAAAGCUAUCCAUUGCUUUCAUAUACGAUCAAACUGAUGCUACACAGGGGAAUCCAGAACAGUGCCUGAAAGUGAGGGCAGGUGAAUUUACUGAAAAUUCAACAUAAAAACAUCAUCAUACUUUAAUGAUAAUAAAACUUUUAGUUACAAAUUCAUUCAGAACCAGAAUGGUAUUAAGCAGCAUUACAAAAAAGUAUCUUUAAAAAACUAAAGUUUGUGAUUAAAAAGAAUUGUUCGCAUGUCUAGAAGCGCCUCUUCAAUUCUCUCCCGCAUUUCGAAACAUUUCGUCUUCUCAUCGUCGCAUGUGCCCACACAUAUAUGAAUCCUGCAGAAUACAAAUGGUCAUCAAUAAAUACAAUUCUUUGAAAACUUAAUGAAGCUGUGUUAGCUAUUAUCGUAUUGCUCUAACAAAAAUGAGUUGGAUAAUGAAAUAACAAAUGGUUAUCUUCCAGGGUGCGUCUCUAUUUAGAAACCAAAGAGUUCAGCAAUACUGAAAAAUCUAUUUUGACAAUGUUGAUUUUUAAUGGGCGAUGUCCUGAAAGAAAAUCACGAAAUGCAACUGGAAGGGUAAAAUUAUUGAGUUCGUCGCAAAUUGUCUAAGAUUGAUUAAAAUUGUCUAAGAUUGAAAGCGCCGAGUUUUGCUAAAGAACUUCUCAUGUUUUGGCCUGGUUCAAAUCAAAGUGAUUUUAUGGCAAAGAGCCUUAGCUCAUUCUCCCAUAUCUAAGUCAAUCUGUAAAAAUAUUAACUUAUUUUGCACAUUUAAAAUAUUUCAUAAUGCCCUUUCAGGUCGUCUUGUCCAAAUUGAAAAUUCUAAACAUAUUUUACGACGUCAUCCCUUUGGUACACUAUCAAGCAGAUAUUUCUUAAUGCAACCCACUUGUGUACUGUAAUAAAAAUACUGUUUAAAUUUGUUACGUAAAAUUUAUAUUGCAGACCAAAAUAAAAUUAUUGCUUAAUUUACAAAAGAAUUGGUCAAACAAUUUUUAGGUUAAAAAUUUGAAUGACAAAGAUGGCUGCUACUUUUUUUACAUCAGCUAAUAUCAUUAUGAACAAACAUGCAACAAACUGAAAAUAAAACCAUCGAAAGCUAAAUUGGAAUCUAUGUGCUUAUAACAGUCAACUAGAAUAUUAUAUUAGAGUUAUUUUGGUACUAAUAAUAUU